UAGUGUUACCCAUAAAAACAUCCCCUUUAUACACCUCACCUCUAAUCUAUUGUACUUCAUUAACCACUGCAUUAAUCCAUUGCACUUCAAAUCAAACAUUAUAUAUACAAGAGACAGAUUAAUUACGAUUUUGUACGCUCUCCCAACUCUCACUGAACUCUGUCUCUACACAAAGCUUGUGCAGGUACUAUCAUUUAUACCUGCGGUACAUCCUGUGCACAGGGACAAGACAACCGGACAAACCGACACACGCCGCGCCGAAUUAUCUGUCCCUUGAGCGCGCGGGGGCCUGCCCGACGUGCGCCGCCGGCGCGCUAUUGCCAAAUGAGUAGAUCAUUAGCCACCGCCAUUCUGGUCUUCGUGGCUCUGGUCGCCACUACAGCGUCGUUGGUCGCGUCCGAAGAUUCGAAGUUGAUUGAAGAAGGUGCAGUUUACGCCGCCAAUGCAACCGGCAUCGAGUCCACUGGUAAUAAGACUACGCCCAAGGAGGACACAUUUGCUGAUAUGAUCGAUCGCGCGCUUGAGAAGGAGUUCACGGAGAAUGAAGAUCAGAAUCAAGCAAAUGAUGCUGGUAGCUUCAACAAUAGUGUGGCUGAGCAGCAGGCUGUAUUGGAAACAGUAGCUAGAGUCAAGACAAAGAAAAAUGAAACCAAAGAGGAAAAAUCCUUUAAACUUCAUCAAGUUUUCAAUCUAGAUAAUGACAAUGGAGCUGAAGAGACCCCAACAUUGAUUGACAGAAAGGACAAUGUGUUUAUCAUAUCAAAUUUCAAAUCUAAGUACCCAGUGCUGCAGUUAGACUUGAGGCUCAUAUCAGAUCUGGUUGUUGUCAUUGUGUCUGCAACUGGCGGUGGAAUUGCUUUUGCUUGUGCUGGACAACCGGUUCUUACUGGAUACUUAUUAGCGGGAUCAAUCGUUGGACCUGGAGGUUUUAAUGUUAUCAGUGAAAUGGUGCAGGUCGAAACAGUAGCCCAAUUUGGUGUUAUUUUCCUGCUUUUUGCUCUGGGCCUGGAGUUCUCCACGACCAAGCUGCGAGUUGUUCGUGCAGUUGCUGUUCUUGGAGGGCUAGUCCAAAUACUCCUCUUCAUGUGCCUGUGUGGAAUUAUAGCCUCGUUAUGUGGUGGUAGAGCUUCUGAGGGGGUAUUUGUUGGUGCAUUCCUGUCAAUGUCAUCUACAGCAGUGGUGUAUAAGUUUUUGAUGGAGAAAAAUAGUACUAGUGCUCUUCAUGGCCAAGUGACUAUCGGCACUCUGAUUUUACAGGACUGUGCUGUGGGGUUACUGUUUGCUCUGCUUCCAGUCCUUGGUGGAACUUCGGGUGUUAUGCAGGGUGUGAUAUCCAUGACUAAAUCGUUGGUGGUGUUGAUUGCUUUCUUGGCAGUUUUAUCGAUACUGUCACGGACCUGUGUGCCUUGGUUCCUGAAACUUAUGAUAAGUUUGUCAUCACAGACCAAUGAACUUUAUCAGUUGGCGUCAGUUGCAUUUUGCCUACUCGUAGCUUGGUGUAGUGACAAGCUUGGUCUUAGUUUGGAAUUGGGUUCAUUUGCUGCUGGAGUGAUGAUAGCGACGACUGAUCUUGCCCAGCAUACACUGGAACAAGUUGAACCCAUUCGCAACAUGUUUGCAGCUCUUUUCCUGGCAAGCAUUGGGAUGCUGAUCCAUGUUCAUUUUCUGUGGAAUCAUGUAGAUAUCUUGCUUGCUUCAGUUAUAUUGGUGGUCAUCGUUAAAACAUUAGUAAUUUCUGCAGUUGUCAAGGGAUUUGGCUACAACAACAAGACUUCACUUCUUGUAGGGAUGUCUCUGGCACAAAUAGGGGAAUUUGCUUUUGUGCUGCUUAGUCGUGCCUCAAAUCUUCAUCUUGUUGAGGGUAAAGUGUACUUGCUGCUUCUUGGAACAACAGCACUCAGUCUGGUGACUACUCCAUUGCUUUUCAAGUUAAUACCAGCAGUUAUGCACCUUGGUGUGUUGUUACGCUGGUUUGCACCUGACAGUCAGAAUGAGCUUGGAUAUAAAGGAGAUAAUAUCCGCUCGGACAGUGCUAAACAGAGAAUUGCUCUAAUAUCUAAGGAUCUCUUUACAUGACGGAUGACAAACUUAUUGAAUUGUAAUGGUUCCACAUAUUACCUUGGACAAAAGCUCCCUACUCCACCAUCCGAUGUCCUAAACAACUGGAGGACAGUGGGAUUGGUCAAUGAGUUCUUCUUUGUUCCCUAACAGCAAGUCUCUGUAUGCAAGAUCUCCUAUACAUCUCUAACCAAAAUAGUGAAAGACUAAGCGUCAUAAGCCUCAAAAACACCAAAGUCUCUCAAGGACGUAGUCUGACAGCUAGAGCCGCUAACAAUUCAAAGGCAUCACAUUGGACAAGGUAAUGCUACGCACUCUGGUUUCCAUUCUGUUCCCUUGUUUCAGUGUGAAGUAAUUUUCAGCUUAUUCCAUGUAAUUCGGACGUGUAUUCUUUCUUUUCUGUGGCCUUUGGUUCUUCUUCGUCUUCUUAUUCUUCUUGCUUUUUUAUUUCAACUUGUAGAGCUUUGAUAUGUAUCAUCUGCAUUUAACUCAAACGGACAUAUGCUGUACAAAAUGCUUGGGCUUACAAUGAAGUUGAAGGAGGAACUUUCUGCUGUGGAUAUUCUUUUCCAUCUUGUUUUUGAAAGUUGUUAGGUCUUGCAUUUGUACUACUGCGACUUGGUGAGGAUAAAUAAUACAACAACCGCAAGUAUGAUUACAUUGAGCGCA